AUGAAUAAGUCCUACGAUAAAGCAGUGAAAGACUACUCCAUUUAUGUAUACGGAAGGAUACACGAUUUAGUGGAAGAGCUAAACAGGUAUCAUCAAAAAUGUUACAUAAAUAAUGAGAAGAAUGUAGACCUUUGGAAGGAGUUCAAAUAUAAGAAGAGGAAAAGGUUCCGAUUCCUUUCGGUGCUGGACUACUAUGCUAACGUUAGAAACAAGAAAUGGGAAUUCGAUAUCAUUCCAAUUGUGUUUAAUGAGGAGUAUGAGAUUCUGCAUCUGGGCGUUUCGAUGCUUUUCAGUGACAAUUUUUCGGAGGAAUACAAAAGGGGUAGGUACAACUACAUAGAGCUCUUCAUUUGUAACUACGAAAAGGAGAGUGCGAAUCAGUGCCAAAGUGAGUGGACACCCUCGCUGCUUUCCAGAAAUGGACCGAACACAGGCGAUAUUAUGGACUGCCUGGUUAAGGUGGAGGACUUGAAGAGGAUAUACAGGGAGGAAGAGAGUCUCCGUAAAAUAAACGCAGAAAUGGUUAGGCCGAGCAACAGCAGUGAAAGUAAUGAUGAAGAGGAUGAUGCGGAAAGACGUAUGGUCACCGCCACCAUGCAUGAUGGUUGCUACCACUUGGAGAGAAAGGCCGGGAAGAAGCAGACGGGUUUCUCCUUAGGGGAGGACUUUUCCAGCCAAGAUGAGCAGUUCCCACUUUACAGCGUUAGAAAUGACCCCCUUGAGGAGGAGCCAAAAAUCAAUUUGAGUAGCGUCGGCGAGGAGGUAGAUGCGCACUUGCUACUUGCGCGAAAUGUAAACGUCAUUCAAGACAAUGAUAUGUCCACGCUGAGGAGCAACCUCAGCUGCGAUAGUGGUAGCAGUGUGAGAAACAGGUUCAUCGGUAGCAGUGAAAAGGAGGGGUUACUCCCUCCGGGGUAUUAUUAUAAGAAGGAUGAGGAGAGUAACUGGAAGGGCGGAAGUAGCAACAGGGAGGAUUCUUCUACCGAUGGGGGGGCAGCGAUGAACGGGAGGGCAGGAAAGGAGCGUGAGGGAGCUUACCCCUUUUCGCAUCUCGGAAGCGGUGUUGACCUACACAGUAGGGAGAUGGAGCACACAAAUGAUGCCGACCAAGCAGCCAUUCACAAAGUGGCGUACUACAAAAAUGUGAAAAGGAUAAACGAAUUGGAAGAGAAGACGUACAUCUCGUCGGAAGGGGGGCCCACAAAGAGGGUGAUAAACUAUGAGUACCUCUACAGGAGGAGCGAGAGCGAAACGAUGUACUUGGAUGCCCUGCGGGGGAGGAAGAAUCCGUGCGACGAGGGCGACUCCGCACAGGGGGACGCCAACGAGUUGGGCGCGCCGGAGGAGAGGCCCUUCGCCAGCACCUGCAGCGUGGGGAACGGCUACUCGAGGAGCGUGCAUGCGGCCGUGGAGCGGAGUGAGAUAGUGCUGGAGGGAAGCCGCAACGGAGGGGAUAGCAGCGGUGGAGGGGGUGACGGAGGGGGUACCCGCAUUGGACAGACCAGUCGCUGCGAAGAGGCCAACCGCACUGGACAGACCAAUCGCUGCGACUUCACACGAUUCACGAAGCACGAGCAGAUAACGCGCGUUAACCACAAUGAGACAAUCCAGAGCAGUGACCAGGUGCACAUCGUCGAGAGGGAGGAGUACCGCAGGGACACGUACACCACGACGGAGAGCAGGAGCAGCCACAAUAUACUGGCCGACUGCAACUCACAGGAAGGUAAAGGUAGCGAAGCUGAAAAAAGGAACGAGUUUAAGCUGGGCUUCUUCAGCUCCAAAGGAAACAGAACGUACAAUGAAGACAGAGUAAUCACCAUUAGGGAUGUGAAUGAGUUUGUGCAGAGGGAGUAUAAGGAGGUGGUCGAGGAGGGGGGGAAUCUGCCGAGCGAGUCCCUCGAGAGGGAGUACUACGACAUGCUGCAGAAGACGCGGGGGGUGGACAGGUCGUUCGGGUGUCCCUCUGUCGAGUCCGAAGGGGGGGUAGCGGCGUCUGGGACCUCCGCGGCCGGGACCUCCGUUGCCGGGUCGACCCCCCCGCCCUACAUGUACUGCGCCAUCUACGACGGGCACAACGGAGAGAAGGCGGUCAACAUCAUCCAGAAGCUGCUGCACCUGCAUGUGCACACGUACUACAUAAAUGGAAACGGAAUGUGUAACUCGCUGAAAUACGCCUUUCACAAAAUGGACGAGCACCUAUGCAGGAAGGCAAUAAAUAAUGAAGAGGAAAACCACUCGAAUUUUUCCAGCGGCAGCACCGCCUGCGUCAGCGUCAUCUUCACCCACAUGAUGUAUAUAGCCAACAUAGGGGAUAGCAGGUGUGUCUUAAGUAAAAACGGAAGGGCAGUUGUUGUGACGGUAGAUCACAGGGCCAGUGGAAAUAAAAAGGAAGAGGAGAGGAUUAUAACUUCUGGAGGGAUGCUAGAUGAGGAAGGGUACUUGGGUGGCUGCUUAGGAGUGUGUAGAGGCUUUGGCUCUUUUGAUAAGAAGACUAGGGAAAAAUUAAAAGGUCUUGUUUGCGAACCGGACCUCUUUCAAAUAAAGCUAACGGAUGAUGAUGAGUUUUUAAUAAUCUGUUGCGACGGUAUUUUUGAUGUGAUGACAUCUCAGGAGGCGGUGAACACCGUGAGGGCGUCCCUGGUGGAGAGCUCUGACCCUACUGUGGCGGCGGAGGCCCUGUGCCAGCUGGCCUACAAGAGGAAGGCCCUCGACAACCUCUCCGUCGUCGUCGUGAUUUUUCAGAACCCCGAGAUGAAGAAGAGCGCGCAGUCCGCGGAGGGCGCCAGCUUGUACGCCGGCCAGGCGGGCCGCGUCCGCAGGAGAAUAAGGUUCUCCUCCCUGAAGAAUUUGAUAGGCCCCUGA